AUGGGCGAGGUGGAGGUGCAGGUGGAGGUGCACGUGGAGGGGGGCUUGGAGGGAGGGUGGUGGCUGGUUGGCAACGACGAUGACAUUCCCCACGCCCUCACCGGCUUCAGUCUUUUGAGCAGGGUGCGGCUGCUGCCCAGUGGGGGUCCCGACUCGGUCGUGCGGUACAUGAACUCGCUGUACCGCACGAAUCGCAGGGAGGAAGCAGGGGAGGCUGUCAACAUCAUGGGUAUCAUACCCGGGCUGCCACUCGAUGCCAGACAUGUCGGCGAGAUCUCCCAGUACCUGCCAGACAUACGGGUGGGAGGGGGGUUCUGGGGGGUCAUCAUGCAGCUGGGUCGAGGGGAGAGGGUGGGCGACCUGGCCUUUAGGAAGUACUUCACUUCUCCCCAACACCGAAAUGGGCCCACGUACGUACGCAAGAAAGAGAACAGCACCCUGUGUGUUGGCGGGAAGAUAUGUCCCCUGUGUGUGCUUAUUUGCAGCAUUCUGCUCUCGAUCUAUGCUGCUGCGUUGGCCAUCAGCGCCGAUCCGCUCCCUCGCCCCUCCCCCUCCCUCUCCCCCUCACCAUCAGCGUCAGCAUCAGCAUCAGCAUCAGCAUCAGCCUCGGCAUCAGCAUCAGCCUCGGCAUCAGCAGCAUCCCCGCCGCAGACACUGCAGCCCGCCGGGCCAUCCCCGUCACGCAGCGGCGCACCAGGCACGUCAUCUGACCCUCCCAGUGAGGCCCCCAGAUCGGUCAACGCCACGCCAUCGACCGACAGGGACCCCAUGAGGGUCUACGUGUUGGGUGUGGGCGGGAUCGGUAGCUUGGGGGGGAUCGGUAGCUACGCCAUACGCGACGGCACAACUCCUUCGUGCCUGUCACCGGUAAGGAAGCACAGCACGGACGGCCAGAUGUGAUUGAUGCGAUGCACACAUCCACUCACAAUUCUGUUGUUGUGUUUUGUGUGUCUGUCUGUGCAGGACAUGCAGUUCAUCUGGCGACUCAAGACGCAGCGAGAGGACGGGACGCUCAGCGAUGGGGUCACCGGUCAGGCUGCCAAGGAGUUCGUGGACGGCAUCGCCACUGACGACGCCAAGUGCAUGCAGUUCCUCAAGGAUGACCUCAUGUUCGCGGGCUUCGACCACAGCCAGGACUACUGGACCGGCACCAUGGCAGCACUGUCCUUCCUCUCGGGUCGGGCGGUCGUCCAGGAUGACCAGGACGACGGUGCAGAGGUCAGGACGACAGUGUCCGACAGGGAGAUCGGGCAGGACGUCCAAUGGCAGUUCGAGAUCGACGGCACCAAGCUCCACCACCUGCACCUGGCCGCCCAGCGAGACAGGGGCGCGGUGGCCGAGAGGGCAGGGGCGAGGGCGGGGGCGCAGGAGGGAGGCAGUCUCGAGGCCCUGGCCGAGUGCAUCUCUCGCGUCAGGGACGGGCAGCAGAGCUGGUUCAGCCUCGCCCGCCUGUACGUCACCGACGAGUCCGAGACCGUAGAAAACUUCGCCGACAGGCUGGCCGAGUGUUUCGGGGUGCAGAAGCUGCCAGCAGAAGGCGUGGACGCCGUCAUCGAGGGCCAGACGGACCGCAUCGACGCCGGCAAGACCAUCAUCUCGCAGCUGAUUGUGGCAGAUCCGCUGCAGAGGGGCACGCCGGCAGCGGAGGAGGUGCUGCGGCAGAUGACGAGCUUGAUCGAGGCGCGGCCCAUCAGGAUUCGCGACGAGAGGAUGCAGAUGCGGGCGAGGAAGGCUGGCUGGCCCCACAACCACUUCUAUGUGCGGCUACCCAGGUGGGUGAAUGGGUGGCGGGAUGGACGGAUGGAUGAAUGGAUGAGUGUGUAUCACCUCGUGUGUGUGUGUGUGUGCUGGGUUUGUUGCAGGGGAGGAACCAGAGGCGUCGGUGUGAUGGAUUGGUUGGGAGCGGGAGGACGGCUGGCUGGACAGGGGGUCGGAUGAUGGCUGGCAAACAGACAGACAGACAGACAGACAGAUAGACAGACGGACAGGCGGCCAGACUGGUUUGUAAUACGUACGUACGUCCAGACCAGACGUGUUUGUUGAUAGCAAGAUGGAGCUCCAUGAAUGCAGUGCAGCCCUCGAAAAGAGCCCACCUGAUUCCCGCCAAAAGAGUCCGGCGUCUUGACGGGUUCUUCUGCUGGGAGUAAAGCCAGAAGUGCUCAAUUGGAGAGAAGAACUUUGACAGAGAGAGCAAACGGCGCUUGCUCUUUCUGUGUGUACCUGUCCAAGCUCUUCUCUCCAACGUGAGCACUUCUGGCUCCCCUCCCAACAAUGUUAAUGGGAUUUGUGUGACUGCAUUCCAUUUAUGGAUGGCAUUGUGUGUAUGUAUGUAUGUAUGCAUCAAUCAAUCAUGCCAUGCGGUGUUGGUCAAACGGAAUGCAAUGAAUU